AUGAGUGAUUAUGGUGGUAUGUCAGACAAUGGUAUUGAUUCAGGAUCAGAGAAAAGAGUAAUACGAGAUUCAUCAGAUGAUGCACAAGCUGAUGAAUUAUAUCCUAGAGGAAAGUCAGCUUCAGACAGUGAUGAUGAUAAAAAAACAAAAACUAGACGUUCUAGCCGUGCUACUCAACAAAACAGGAAAGUUAUUGAGAGUGGCACAUCAGAAGAGGACUCAGAUUCAGAUGUGGAAGCUGCAACCAGUAGUAGAAAACGCAAAAGUGAUAAAAAUUUCAUCAAGCAUGGGAAAAAAGCGCGAGCUGGUACUGAUAGCGAUGAAGGAACUAGUGAUGAUAGUGGGAAGAAGUCAUUGGUCGAUGAAUACGAUGAUGAUAUGUUUUUGGAUGACGAGGAUAGACGUAGACUAGAGGGUAUGACGGAGAAAGAUCGGGAAGCAGAAAUUUUCAAGCGUGUUGAGCAGAGAGAGAUAUUGCGUGCAAGGCAUGCUAUUCAAAAGAAAAUCAAAGCUCAGAAGGAAGAUGGGGCAAGUUUAUUCAAAAAAGAGAAGAAGAAACGAAGUAAAGAGAAAAAGCGAGAUAAGGAAGCUAAAAAAAAGUUCUUUGAAAGUGACGUCGAUGAAAAGAGUGGGGCCGAAGAAAAUAAAAUGCAAGCACACCUGCGUUUACAAAGUGGCGAUAAAGAAGGCGACGAUUUUGAUGAAUUUCAGCGACCAUCAGAAAUUAAAAAAAAACAGAAACAGAAAAGUGCAAUGGCUGAUCUAGUUAGCAAAAGAAAAGAGAAGCAAGAAGCUGCACAGAAGAAGAAAGUUCUCUCUCGUGAGUCAGAAUUAGAUAUUGAUGAAGUAUUUGGAAAUGAUGGUAGUGAAGAUGAUUAUGAGAAAAGUUCCAGUUCAUCCAGUCGCUCAACUAGUCGGUCUUCAAGCAGAAGUUCAAGUAAAAGUAGAGUCCGCAGUUGCUCACCAGAAAAAAAACGCGAGGUUGAUUGUCUUGCAGACUUAUCGAGAAUACGUUUAUCUCGUUUUAAGAUUUCCAAAUUUGUUCAUGCCCCAUUUUUCAACAAAACAGUGAUUGGCUGCUUUGUACGUAUUGGUAUUGGUAGAAAUAAGGAAGGACGAAGUGUUUAUCGCGCGGCUCAAAUUCUAGACGUUGUUGAAACUGCAAAGGUUUAUCAAUUGGAAAGUACGCGAACAAAUAAAGGAUUCAAGUUAAAACAUGGUAAAGAAGAACGUGUUUAUCGUUUAGAAUUUGUUUCGAAUUCAGAUUUCACUGUUCAAGAGUUUAAUAAAUGGCAUGAAGCCAUGAAAUCAAAUAAUCUUGCAAUUCUUACUAUAGAUCAAGUAGAAAAAAAGGAAGCCGAUAUUCGAAAAGCUGUUAAUUAUAGCUACAGCGAUAAAGAUAUUGAAUUGAUGGUACAAGAGAAAAUGCGAUUUCAAAAAGGUCCUCUUAAUUAUGCAGUUGAAAAAGGAAAACUCAUCAAGCUCAAGAUGUGGAUGCGAAGUUAA